AUGGAUACGGAGACCAAAGAGAUCUUCAAAGAAAUGCUAAUUGAUUUCGCUCGCAAGAUGAUGUUCGUCUCUGGUGAAACUGCCGAACCGUCCGUUGAAACCACGACUCUCAUUGAAGAUAUUGUACGCCAGCAGGUUGUAGAAAUUCUCGCGCGAAGCACUGCCCUAGCGACUCGUCGCGGCGUGCGCUCGAUCUCUACUGAUGACUUGAUCUUUCUCAUUCGCCAUGACAAGGCCAAGGUGUCGCGUCUCAAGACGUUCCUGUCCUGGAAGGAUGUCCGCAAGAACGUCAAAGACUCCGACGACAAAGGCGGCGCCGAUGCUGCAGACUUUGCAGGAGCUGAUGACCCUAUUGCCGGCGGAGUCGUCGCAGGGCCGCAGGAUGUUGCGUCGAAGCCGAAGAAUAAGCGUGCUCGUGUGGGUCUCGCCUGGGACGUAAACAGCUUUUACUCCGUGCAGGUUCCUGAACGUGAGGACGAAGAAGACGAGGAAGAGGAGGAACAGAACUACGCUACGCUACAGCGCCUUGCCGCAGCCGACGAACGUACCAAGAACAUGACCAAGGAAGAGUACGUCUUCUGGUCAGAAUGUCGCCAGGCGUCGUUCACCUACCGCAAGAGCAAACGGUUCCGCGAGUGGGCCGGAUUCGGUAUCGUGACUGAGUCCAAGCCAAACGACGAUAUUGUUGAUAUUCUCGGAUUCUUGACAUUCGAAAUCGUGCAGACUCUGACUGAGGAGGCACUCAAGGUCAAGGAGCGGGAGGAUCGCGAGAAGAACCGUCGUGGAGGUGGAGAGAACGGCGAGAGCAGUAAGAAACGUACGCGCGAGACUGGAUUAUUCGAUCCCCCUGAGGAGGGUCGUACCCCGGUUGAGACCAGACAUAUUCGCGAAGCGUAUCGCAAGCUGCAGGCGACUCCUAAUAAGAAUAUUGCCAUGUUGCUGCAUAAUGGACGCCUGCCAGCUAAGAUGCCAUUGCGAUUGAUUUGA